CGACGAUCAAGGCGCAGGCUCGACCCACCUUUCGACUGUCGACGCUACGCCUGUGAGCUGCACACAUCCCUCCAUGCGGCUCUGGCUCCAACCUUGCGAGCAUCGCAGCAACCAUGUCGGGCGACACAGAAGCCCGCCCUAACGACGCUCGCCCGACCUUUGUCUCACCACGUACACUGCUCGAGCAGGCACGACCGAUCCUGCCGCCGCGCACUUUCACCGCGCUCGACCGCGAGCAGCUAGACGGCCUGAGCACGAUUCGCGCCUUCCUGAAGGCCAGGACCAGCUAUGACGUGCUCCCUAUCAGCUACCGCCUUAUAAUCCUCGACACCGCCCUGCGCGUGCAGAAGAGCCUGAACAUCCUCACCCAGAAUGGCAUUGUAUCAGCGCCGCUAUGGGACUCCAAGUCCUCCACCUUCGCAGGUCUACUCACCACCGCCGACUACAUAAACGUCAUCCAGUACUACUGGCAGAAUCCUGAUGCCCUUCAAAAGGUCGACAAGUUCCGCCUGAGCAGCCUGCGAGAAAUCGAGAAAGCGCUCGGCGUCAAGCCCAUCGAAACAAUAUCCUGCCACCCCGACCGCCCCGUCUACGAGGCAUGCCGAAAAAUGCUCGAAUCCCGCGCGCGCCGUAUUCCUGUGGUCGACAUCGAUGACGAGACAAAACGCACCAUGGUCGUCUCCGUGAUCACGCAGUACCGUAUCCUGAAGUUCAUUGCUGUGAACGUGAAGGAGACGCAGAAACUGCGCAAGCCGCUGAGGGAAAUGAGCGUUGGCACGUACAAGGAUAUUGCGACGUGUUACAUGGAUACGCCGGUCAUGGACGUUAUUCAUAUGCUGGUCAAGAGGAACAUCAGUAGUGUGCCGAUCGUGGACAAGCAAGGCACGGUACUUAACGUGUUUGAAUCAGUCGACGUGAUCGCGUUGAUCAAGGGCGGUUCAUACGACGACUUGAACCUCACAGUCGGCGAUGCGCUGUUGAAGCGCUCACCUGACUUCCCGGGUAUCUUUACCUGUUCAGUGCAAGACAGCAUGUCGACCAUCUAUGACACAAUCCGCAAAUCACGCGUCCACCGCUUCAUCGUCAUUGACGAAGAUGCAAAGCUCAGAGGCGUACUGACUUUGAGCGACGUGCUCGAAUUCACAUUGUUGGAAGGCGUGGACGACGAGUAGUACAACGACGAUCCGGGACCUAAAAACACGCCCAUCAAACAAGGGAGGCUGUAUCGGGACGAGUCAAACAUUGACUAGCGACCGAAGUAGAGUCGGAGUAGCAGUAAAUGCAUGCCAUCGGCGCAAAGCAUGUGCAUGAUUGGUAUGAUAUGGCGCAUUGAUUGGGAAGGUGGGAAUUGCUCAUAUAUCCAGCGGAGGCGCGAUGGUUUCUUCUCUUGCUCGAGCAUACAUACAAACGUUGUCUUUUAUAAUCUCCAUCCCUCUGACCUGGUUGUCAUUUCG